AUGCCCUCCAUCAUAUCUCCCUUCACAGAUCAACAUAAGAACAUUGCUUUCGACCGUGCCAGCAGAAUGCGCAGUCUCCGCCAUCGCACACUUUCCAGUACAAUCGCUUUGCCACUGGUCCUUCUCGUCUGCUUUGUGUUCUACACCCUCAAAACUCCUACCAAAGAGUCUUCCCCUUUCCUCUUCAGACUUCAACCCGGCCAUCACCUACCCAUAUCUCCGUUGCAUUCCGCCGCCGCACCUAAAGCGCGACAAAUCUCCCCUGCGGAACUAAUGGCACGGCCUCCUCCGCACUCAGGACCACACAUGCCCAAGCUUCUUCAUCAGAGCUGGUCCACUACCAUCCUCCCAUCAAAGUUCGAGCAGUGGAGCCUCUCAUGCAGAGAUAUGAAUCCGGACUUUGAAUGGGUGCUGUGGACAGACGAAGAUAACCGCCGUUUGGUGGAGAAAUACGCCCCGGAGUUCCUGGUCAAGUACGAUGGGUUGAAGAGCGAGAUCUACCGCGCAGAUGCGCACAACAUCUCCUCCAGCUCGCAAUCAGGUUCCACCAGCAUUCAGAAUCCUACACACACUCCUACUUCCGACGCCGCGCCCAUCUCUACAUUUCCCACUACCUCAUACAAUGCAGGCCCACAGACGGCCUUCCUCGCCCGCAUGGGCGCUGAUAAUUCGAAAAAACACAGCAUCCCGAACGCUUGGUUGGCUUCGACGCCGUCCCAUCCCUUCUGGCUCCUGCCUCUGAACCUAGUCUCUAAGGGGACCAAACCCUACGGCGAUUGGCCCGAAGCAGUGACCGGACCGGACGCGCUGUUCUACUUGGUCAAUGAGUAUUUAAGGGAGUAUCGCAGUGAUAAUGAUUAUGGAGCGAGCUUGGAUGAGUUUUUGUUGAAGAGUGAGUUGAAGGAGAUGUAUGUUCGAUCUUUAGGCGAGAAGAAUAUCAGAGCCAGUGCUGAAGUCGGGAUGCAUCAGUUGGUGCUGUUGGGGAAGGAGAUGAUCUUUCCGUAUUGGUGGGGCGAGAAAGAGUUGGAGGGCGUUUGUAAGGCUGGUGAGGAGGGGUUUGAUCCAGAGACUUGUAAGGAUGUUCUGGAUGUGCAGGCCUUGGGCAGUUGGUCUAUAACAUAUUGGAGUCAUUCGUGGGAUCAGGAGGGUGGGCACGACGAGGGACACCUUAGCGCGAUGGGAAGUUGGAGCUUUCGGGGAGCAAGAAUGUUAAGGAGGGCGACAAAUAGAAAGAGGGGGCGAUGA